GCUGAAAAGGAUAGAACGAAUUCAUGAAUGAAGAGGGUAAUCAUGAAUGAAGAAGGUAAUAUGGACGAAUUUUUAAAUCUCCCUCGUAUAUAUAGCAUGGAUUGAUUUAUUAAGGAAAAUUUUAUACGUUAUGAAGAGCUAUCGUCUCUUUUCAGCCGGUUAGGUUUUCUUUCCUCAUCGGCGCCAAUUAGGUUGUGCUAUCUCAAAUCGAGCAAGCGACGGCUACAGAGAGCAAAGGCGCGCGCACAGAGAGAGAGAGAGAGAGAGAGAGAGAGGAGUUUGCUAUUACAACGCACAGAGAUCAAUUAAUUCCGAUGGCGAUGAUGGCGGGAGGGUCGGUGGUGGUUCCGGCGAACAGGGGGCGGGGCGGCGCAAGGGGAGGGGUGGUGGACGAGGACGAUAAGCUCGUCUUCGAGACGAGCAAAGGCGUGGAGCCCAUCAUGAGCUUCGACGAUAUGGGGAUCAAGGACGACCUCCUCCGCGGGAUCUACAACUACGGCUACGAGAAGCCCUCCGCCAUCCAGCAGCGGGCCGUCGUCCCCAUCAUCAGGGGCCGCGAUGUCAUCGCCCAGGCCCAGUCCGGCACUGGCAAGACCUCCAUGAUCGCCCUCACCGUCUGCCAGGUCGUCGACACCCAGUCCAGAGAGGUCCAAGCAUUGAUAUUGUCACCAACACGGGAAUUGGCUACUCAAACAGAAAAGACGAUAUUAGCCCUUGGGAAUUUCAUUAAUAUACAGGCCCAUGCAUGCGUUGGAGGCAAAAGUGUAGGCGAGGAUAUCAGAAGACUAGAAAGUGGAGUUCAUGUGGUGUCUGGAACUCCUGGGAGAGUUUGUGACAUGAUCAAGCGGAGAACAUUGCGGACUAGAGCUAUCAAAAUGUUGGUUCUUGACGAGUCUGAUGAGAUGCUAAGCCGAGGUUUUAAGGAUCAAAUUUAUGAUGUAUACAGAUACCUUCCACCAGAGCUUCAGGUGGUUUUGAUAUCUGCUACCCUUCCUAAUGAAAUUUUGGAGAUGACAAGCAAAUUUAUGACUGAUCCUGUUAGGAUUCUUGUUAAACGUGAUGAGUUGACUCUUGAGGGUAUCAAGCAGUUCUUCGUUGCUGUAGAAAGGGAGGAGUGGAAGUUUGAUACUUUGUGUGAUCUUUAUGAUACCCUUACUAUCACCCAGGCUGUUAUUUUCUGCAACACAAAGCGGAAGGUUGAUUGGCUAACUGAGAAGAUGCGUAGCAACAACUUUACUGUCUCUUCUAUGCAUGGAGAUAUGCCCCAGAAGGAGAGAGAUGCAAUAAUGCAAGAGUUCCGGGCUGGUGACACCCGCGUUCUGAUCACUACUGAUGUUUGGGCUCGAGGGCUGGAUGUUCAACAGGUUUCUCUGGUGAUUAAUUACGACCUUCCAAACAAUCGAGAGCUUUAUAUCCAUCGCAUUGGUCGGUCUGGUCGUUUUGGACGCAAGGGUGUUGCAAUAAACUUUGUCAAAAACGAUGAUAUCAAGAUUCUUAGAGACAUUGAGCAGUACUACAGUACCCAGAUUGAUGAAAUGCCAAUGAACGUGGCUGAUCUGAUAUAGUCCCUCUCAUUUGCCUGGGGAACACAGAAGGUUUAAUGUUAAAUUCAGGCAAAACAAGAUUGCGUGCAGCACCCUUGCCACAGGUGUGCAUGCUGGCUGUUUUCUCGGUGGUGAUUUCUUAAAUUGCGUUGAGUUUUCCAGGUUUUUAUAACAAAAAUACCUGUUUGAGACUAUGCAUUGAUAUGACAUUGUGUAUUUAACGGAUAUUCUUAAAACUGCUGGGGAGGAAUGCUGUGGUGUAAUAUAUUGUGAAAUAUUGUUUUGGCAUGGAUUUUGUUGUGUGUAAUACAUUGUGCCCUUCUCUGCUUUGCUUUGGUUA